AUGUGUCUAUCUUUGUUCGGAAGGCUUGUCGGGGCAGGUGCAACAGCUAUUACUAUGCUUUAUACAUCAGAGCUCUUUCCAACUGAACACCGCAACUUUGCUAUAGGCUGUAGUGCUACUGUUGCUCAGUUUGGUCCAUUACUAGCACCAUAUAUAGUAGAUGUAUUGGGAAAGAUGGCUUGGUGGUUGCCUACUACAGUGUGUGGUUUGCUUGCUCUCAUAGCUUCACUAUUGAUGAUAUUUUUACCUGAGACCAGAGAUACUCCAAUGCCAGACACAAUCAAUAAAAUGAAUCUAAGCUAA